CUGACGCCGUUGCGGAAGCGGCUCCCCUCUCCUCCCUCCCUCCCCCCGCCUGCGGCUCGGUCCCGGGCGGUGUCAGUGAGCGGCACUGGGCCCAGCCGGAGCCGGGAGUGCAGGCCCCGCCGCCAUGUCCAUCUUCCAGUCGGCCUUCGACUUCUUGUCCGGGGCCCCGGGCUCGGCCGCCAGCCGCGACCACAACGACUUCGUGGGGCAGACGGUGGAGCUGGGCGACGUCAGGCUGCGGAUCAAGCGAGUCAUCGCCGAGGGUGGAUUUGCCUUUGUUUAUGAAGCACAGGAUCUUGGUAAUGGAAGAGAUUAUGCUCUAAAGAGGCUUCUGUCAAAUGAGGAAGAGAAAAGUAAAGCAAUCAUUCAGGAAGUUUGUUUUAUGAAAAAACUUUCAGGGCAUCCUAACAUUGUACAGUUUAGUUCAGCAGCCUCCAUAGGAAAAGAAGAAUCUGAUACUGGACAAGGAGAAUACCUUAUACUCACAGAACUAUGUAAAGGACAGUUGGUGGAGUUUUUAAAAAGAGCUGAAGCAAAUGGCUCUCUCCCGUGUAAUACAGUGCUCAAGAUCUUUUAUCAGACCUGUCGCGGAGUACAACACAUGCACAAACAGAAACCACCAAUCAUUCAUCGAGAUCUGAAAGUUGAAAACCUCUUGGUCAGUCACCAAGGCACCAUCAAGAUCUGUGAUUUUGGUAGUGCUACAAGCAUAGCACACUAUCCAGACUACACCUGGUCUGCACAGAGGAGAGCAAUGGUGGAAGAAGAGAUUACACGAAAUACAACACCAAUGUACAGGACACCGGAGAUAAUAGACCUUUAUUCCAAUUAUCCAAUCAAUGAAAAACAAGAUAUUUGGGCUCUGGGUUGCAUUCUAUACCUGUUAUGCUUUAAGCAGCAUCCAUUUGAAGAUGGCGCUAAACUUGGAAUAGUGAAUGGAAAGUAUUCUAUCCCUGCGGAUGAUACAAAAUACACAGUUUUUCAUGAUCUCAUUCGUAAUAUGAUGAAGAUAAAUCCUAAAGAGCGAAUGACUAUCACUGAGAUUGUGAAUCAACUGCAGGAGAUUGCUGCCGCCAGGAAUAUUAAUCUUAAGUCUCCAAUUACAGAACUCCUGGAACAGAAUGGAGGGGUGACCAACAGCACAGUAGCAAGUUCAAAGCCACACUGGAACAAGUCAGGAGGAACUCUGAACAAUAUGCAUAAUGCAGGUGUUGACAAUGAUGUACCGCAUCCUGGAGGGUUGUUUGAUAUCCUCAAAGGUGGCACAGAGCGGUUCCUGACGAACAUCAAGGAUACAUCUUCAAAGGUGAUCCAGUCAGUUGCCAAUUAUGCUAAAGGAGAUUUGGACAUUUCAUAUGUAACCUCAAGAAUAGCUGUUAUGUCAUUUCCAGCUGAAGGUGUUGAGUCAGCAAUCAAGAAUAACAUUGAAGAUGUCAGGUUGUUUCUGGAUUCCCGGCAUCCCGGUCAUUAUGCUGUUUAUAAUCUGUCACAACGAUCCUAUAGAUCCUCCAGAUUCCAUAACAGGGUUUCAGAAUGUGGUUGGCCGACAAGACGUGCUCCAAGUCUGCAAAAUUUGUACAACAUUUGCAAGAAUAUGCACUUGUGGUUGAAGCAAGAUCCAAAGAAUAUUUGUGUUGUCCAUUGCCUCGAUGGUCGAGCAGCAUCCGCAGUGGUCGUCUGUUCUUUUCUCUGCUUUUGCCGUCUCUUCACCACGGCUGAAGCUGCAGUGUACAUGUUCAGUAUGAAGAGGUCACCACCUGGUAUCUGGCCUUCUCACAAAAGGUAUGUGGAAUACAUGUGUGAUAUGAUGGCAGAAGAACCUAUAAUUCCACAUAACAAGUCCAUCCUGAUCAAGUCUAUUGUGAUGACACCGGUUCCUUUAUUUAAUAAACAGCGUAAUGCUUGUCGCCCAUUUUGUGAGAUAUAUGUUGGUGAUGAUCGGGUGAUGACGACUUCUGAAGAAUAUGAUAAACUGAGGGAAUUUAAAGUGGAAGAUGGUAAGGCUGUAAUACCGCUGGGUUUAAGUAUCCAAGGUGAUGUCCUUAUUGUUAUCUUUCAUGCCAGAUCAACACUUGGAGGAAGACUGCAAGCAAAGAUGACUUCAAUGAAGAUGUUCCAGAUUCAAUUCCACACUGGAUUUGUGCCCAGAAAUGCUACCUUGGUCAAAUUUGCAAAGUAUGAUCUUGAUGCAUGUGACAUCCAGGAAAAAUAUCCAGAUCUCUUCCAAGUAACUCUGGAAGUAGAAGUGGAGCCUCAAGAACACACCAGAAGUAACAUUCCACCUUGGGAAAACUUCAUGACAAAGGGCCUCAAUCCCAAGAUCCUCUUCUCUAGUCGUGAAGAACAACAAGAGAUGCUUUCUAAAUUCGGAAAGCCUGAGUUGCCCAGACAGCCAGGGUCAACAGCACAGUAUGAUGCAGAGACACCUAAAUCAGACCGUGCUUCAGAGAACACAAGUGAAGAUGAAACUUCGAUUCCAAACAGUGACACCUCUAACAGUUUUUUUGAAACACUAAAUUGGGAAGAGGGAAGAGAGGGCUCCAGGACAACUGAAGGACAAUCUCCAGAUGAAGAUGAUCCAGGCUUGGUGGAAGAAGGUGGACCUUCAGAUGAUGAGUUUGCAACUUUCUCUAGUGAGCGUGGAUCAGUGAAGGUUGAUGAGCCAGAAAGCCCAAGUCAGCCGGAACAAACAAACAAUGUCAGUUUUUUCUUUGAGGUGGACAUUGAAGGAGCAGCAGAGCAUGGUUCAGGACUUCCUCCCGAGGACAAUGUGGAUCUACUGGGGCUGAAUAGUGAGGUGCAGCCUGAUGUGGCUCCUCCAGCAGCGGAAAUGAAGAGUUCAUCCAGCAACGCUGAUCUGCUGAAUGAUUUGUUUUCUGGAGCUCCUGCAGCACCUCAGGAAAGCUCGGCCGACCUCAUUGGGGGAGGCGAGGACUUCUUCUUCAGUGCGCCACCUCCACCGCCGGUGGAACCGGUUCCUACAGCACCUGCGCUGCACACUUCAGCAGCAGACUCCUUUGAUCCAUUUGGUACUGGAUUGUCAACAGCCAAGCCUGAUCAGACCGAGCCGGAUUUAUUUGGGCAGUUUUUUAGUCCGACUCCUCCGCCUAUUUCGUCCACAAAUGGUCUACCCCAUCCAUCGUCCAGCUCAGAUUUCUUCAAAAUGGGGGCUGCAGCACCUGCUGAAACUUUAAAAGUAUCAUCUUCUGCCAGUCAGCCAGACUUGAUGAGUGGCUGGGAUGUGUGGACCACCAGCAGUAACACAGUUCCACAACAGAAUAACAAAGUUGCCUUUGGUACUGCAGUACAAAGUUCAACUUUUACUUCAACCUCUGCACCUGGUCCUUCAUCAAGUACAUCAUUUAGUCAAUCAAAGUCGCAGAGCUUCGAUCCAUUUGCUGAUAUCGGUAACCUUGGUCAAAGUUUGUCAGGUUCUGUGAGCGGAGGGUUUACAUCUGGAGGGACAAGCACUCAGAAACAUGCCCAGCCAGAAUGGGCAGUGGUUCAUGGCAAGCUGGUAGAACGUUGGCAGCAGUACUCCAUCACGGCAACAGGCACCACCCCGAACAAACCCAACUACAAUGUGAAUUUUAGUGUGAUUGGAAGACGGGAGGAACGAGGCAUUCGAGGGCCUGGAUUUGGACCAAAACCGAAAGUAUCUGCAAAUGACUUUCAGGAUCUGUUAUCUGAUCAGGGAUUUUCCAGUACAUCAGAUAAAAGAGGACCAAAAACUAUCGCAGAAAUGCGGAGAGAAGAGAUGACGAAAGAAAUGGAUCCUCUAAAAUUAAAGAUCUUUGACUGGAUUGAAGGAAAAGAGAGAAAUAUAAGAGCUUUAUUGUCAACUCUGCAUACGGUACUAUGGGAAGGUGAAACCAAAUGGAAACCUGUAAGCAUGGCAGAUAUAGUACACCCAGACCAAGUGAAGAAAGUCUAUCGGAAAGCAAUACUUGUGGUUCAUCCUGACAAGGCCACAGGUGAGCCCUAUGAACAGUAUGCCAAAAUGAUCUUCAUGGAGCUGAAUGAUGCUUGGUCAGAAUUUGAAAACCAGGGGUCAAAGGCACUCUUCUGAAGUCCCGAACUUCUAGAUGUGUUAAGUGAUGCUGCUCCAAGUACUGGUCUGUGUUACCUUCUUCAGGAACAGCACUGCAAAGGAUCAUAUCUUCAGGUGUCUUCAAACUUCAUGCUCACGGAAUGCUAUUGUAGAACUGUGGUUUAAAACGUACACAGUUCUUUUCACAAUUGUUUAUUGAUGCACUUCCUGCAUCAUGAAGACAAUCCUAUACUGCUGCAGGAUGAUGGUAGGGGUCAGAACACCACAUUUUUAACUUAAAAUUAUUGCAGUAAAUUGGCUUUUGAAACCCAUGUGAAAAUCUAGUAUGUUCUUUGAUACAGAAGUGAAAACGUUUCAAGACAUCAGUAGGAGAAUUAAGUAAUAUGAGGUCCAGUUCUAAAAAUAUAUAGUUGUAGACUUAGUAAGUUUAAGUACAAUAGUCAACAAUCCUUUGCCUUUAAAAAUUGGAAAAGAAGCAUUCCAGUAGGCAUGCUGCACCCCUCUUCCCAUCUUCUCCAGGCUUUGUUCAUAUGUAUUUACCAUGUCUGCCUGUUAUUUUAUCAUGCCAGCCUUUUGUUUUUUUUUGUUUAAUUCCCACCCAAAAGGCUUUUGGCCAGUAAUGAUGUUCAUUUUGUUUGCUAUAUAGGCAGUAAUUUAUCUUUUGGAAAUUAGAGGUUUCUAUGAGCAAGUCCUUGCUUACUCAUUUUUGAUUUGUGUAAUAAUGUAAAUUUACCGUUCGUGAUUCUAUGUUAUGUGCUGUGAAUUACAGUUUUGCCAUACUUUUAAGCAUAAUGCUGUGAGAGAGGUCAUUGACCACAUUCUAAAGUGUAGCACAUCAAUGCUGGAAUUUUAGCGUAUGGUCACUGAGGUUCAAGCGUUGACCUGUACUUGUGGGAAAUGAUUUGCAUUAACUUAAACUGAAGUGAAUGUUAGAUUUAUCUUAUAAAAAUUGAGUGUUUCCAGUUUGCAUUCCAACCUUGGUUAGCUGUCCACUGAGCACUAAUUUCCAGGAGGUGAAAUUUAGGAAGAUUUUCCCUCUGUGUAUGGAAAAGAGAAUGUCAUUUGUUACACUUUCCAUUCAAAGGCCUUGCCUCACGUGGUCCUUUCUUUCUAGAAAUAUUUGAGCAGUUUUCUAUUCUGAAAAAAAAACAAAAUGCAUGAAUGCUGAGGUUGUUCAGAGCUGGUAUUGAAUUACAGGAUCAAAGUUCCAUUAUCUGUUCUUGAUUUUAGAGUUGGUUUGGAUUCACCUCAAUGUGAUAUUUUGAACUGAAGUGAUUUGCAGUUUAGUGGAUUUGGUGCACUGUGUUUUAAUUUAUACUGUGGGAACUAACAGACAGUUUUUGCAGAAUGGAGUUAGCUUGUCCUAGAGACGAUACAACGUGAUAGAAAUCACGUUUAUAAAUCUGAAUCAACUAGGCACAAGUUUCUUUUGAAAAAUGGGUUAUUGACACAUCUGUUUAUGUAAAAUAUGUUAAUUACUUAAUUGUUGGUUAAUGAAGAAAAAUGAGAAAAUCUGUAUUACAAACACUUCCAAAUAUGGCGUAUUGACACACUGUUCUUUAAUGUGUUACUCCCAAUAGCGCAUGGUUUUCUAAUGAUUUCUAGCUCACUCUCGUCUGUUAGCAUUUUGUUACCUCCAUGCAUCAUACUUCAGCCAAGAGGGAGGAAGGAAAUAGGUCGGGCUACUACUACCACCAACAGUGAGUUGUAUAUUAGAGAAGUACAUCUCCCCUUUGAUAUUUUUCAUCAAUCUACUUUGGCAAUCAAACAGAGUCAGGAUGACACUGUCCAACAUCCAUAAUUUGAAUUUUAAGUGCCAACUUAGGUUGGGAAUUCAAACCCACGUGUUCAACAAGCGAUGUCCAAUGCAGAUCCUGACAACGUGAUGUUAGACCACCAAGUAUUUAACAGAAAGCCACAUUUCUGAUACUGCUGUGCUGAAGAAUGUUAACCUUAUGAGACUACAUGGUAGGAGAGUCAAGUUUUUCCAGAGAGCCAGAUGUUUAUCACGUAACUGUUUGAGAAUAAUAAUGAACAAAGAUAAUGAAGUGGUUUACGGGAUGGUUUCAAAGCUGAGCAGUUAACGUGCCGUAAACACUACAACUGAACCAAACAGCAUCUUUUUUGGUAUUAAUUUGAAAGAAUGUGACUGAAGUGCUUCCUGAGAGAGUACACGCCAUGGCAGAAGCAAGAUCUAAGUUUUUCGUAAAUUUGUAUAUCUUGGCAUUGUUUAAUGAAGGAUACAUUGUGUAAUUUUUUUCUGGGAACAAACAAUUAAAUAGCAAGUGAUAAAUAACAGGAGCCUUGCAUUACCAGAUGGACACUCCUUAAAUGGCAGAUAUAAGGCAUUGCAGCCAUUUUACAGCAUUAGGAGUAAAUUCCAAGUGCGAAAUGGGAAAUGUUUGUGCUUCUAUUUACCUUAACUUAUGGGAAAAAUUUGAUUGCACAAUUACUUUUAAAUCUAAUAUCGUCUUAAUCUGUGUAAUUCUUAGGGAAUAUAUUGAAGGGACUUGCAUAAAAUCUUAUUUUGGACGGCUAUCAGAAAAUGUUACACAAGUUGCAUUUUUAAUAUGGAAAUAUUGUAUUAUCUAUAGAUUGUACAACACUCUAUAUGUAUAUAUAGAUCAAACAGAAUUGAAGCCUCAAACAUUGUAAGAAGGGGUUCGUGUAAGAAACAUAAUAGAGACUUUGUUAAUUUAGUCACAUACUUUAUCUGAAAUAAGUGUCUUAUUUGUGAAUGACAUCAAUGGCUAAUAAAAUAAGAUUGAUUUA